CUGUUUGUACUGGAGCCUGUCAGUGCUGUUCCAGCUCUGCCUCUCAGUCUGUACUGCAGUCUGUCAGUGCUGCUCCAGCGCUGCCUCUCACAGUCUGUACUGCCUCUGUCUGUGCUGCUCCAGCACUGUCUCUCUCAGUCUGUACUGCAGUCUGUAUUGGUGCCUGUUUUCGGAAAGUGCCUGGAAUGGGCAUUUUCCGAAAACAGUUCCCGUAAAGAAACGGGUAAGAAACGAACUGUUGGCCGUGGGAUCUACUUCUAAAGAGUGCGCACAAAACAGGCCGAGUUCCGACCAGUCUUCAGUUACCGCGCGCCUCACAGGAAUUACAAAAGCCAUCUGGAAUUUGAAUAUUUUCACCCCUUUGGGUCGCGUGGCAUGUCACUUGUUUCCUGGGCAACACCCCUUCACGGUGUAUUUAAACUGGCGCUUCUCACUCUCCAAAGCAAGUACCGAGUUUUAAGCGAGUCUGAGUGACCGAGAGCGAACGCCCGAAGGUUACCGCAAAUCCACUCAACAAGAAUAACAUUGGAUACCGCCUGGCAACUGAAGAUGCCUGCGAUCAUUCUGACGAACACCGGUCUUCUUCUGCUCGUUUUUUGCGCGGCCGUGGCGCAGGACUGCUCCCAGCCCUGUAACUGCCCCACUGAGGCUGCCCCCUGCCCUGUGGGCACCAGCCUGGUCCUGGAUGGGUGUGGCUGCUGCAAGGUGUGUGCCAGACAGAUGGGCGAACCCUGCUCUCUCUGGGAGCCAUGUGACCACCACAAGGACCUGUACUGCGACUACACUGCUCUGAGUGACAGCACACCAGCCAUCUGCAUUGCCCGGGGGGGGCAGACGUGUGACCUGGGGGGGGUGGUGUACCGCAGUGGGGAGGCCUUCCAGCCCAGCUGUAAGCACCAGUGCAUCUGCAUGAGCGGAGAGAUCGGCUGCGUUCCAACGUGCCCCAGCGACGUGCGCCUGCCCUCUCCCCAGUGCCCCGCCCCCCGCCGCAUCACCAUCCCUGGCCAAUGCUGCGAGGAGUGGGCCUGUGACUCCGCCCCCCAGGGCCUCCCGUUCCAGGCUGCCAUGGCUGGUAUGUCCAGAAAGACAUACAGGGAGGCAGACUACAGGGCGGGGCCUGAGAGUGCGCGGGAUAACUGCAUCGUUCAGACCACCACGUGGAGCGACUGCUCCACCUCCUGUGGGAUGGGCAUCUCCACCCGCGUUACCAACGACAACCAGCACUGCCAGCUGGAGAAGCAGAACCGCUUCUGCCUGAUCCGUCCUUGCCACGCCCACCAGGAGAGCGCCAUCAGAAGGGGGAAGAGGUGUGUGCGCACCCCCAGGUCCCCGCGGCCCGUGCGGUUCUCCGUGUCGGGCUGCAGAAGUGUGCGGGGGUAUCGGUUGCGGUUCUGUGGGGUGUGCACGGACGGGCGGUGCUGCCGGCCCCAGACCUCCGUCACGGCAGAGGUGGAGUUCCGCUGCCCGGAGGGCGACAUUCGCCGCAAGAUGAUGUUCAUCAGGACCUGCUCCUGCCACCUGGACUGUCCCCGUGACAACGACAUCUUCCACUCCACACACCUCCGGCCAAUGAGCGGCGAUUAUGACAUCAACAUGUGAGGGGCCACGCCCUGACCUCGCUCUGACCACGCCCUGACCACGCCCUGACCUCGCUCUGACCACACCCUGACCACGCUCUGACCACACCCUGACCACACCCUGACCACGCUCUGACCACGCCCAUACCACACCCUGACCUCGCUCUGACCACGCCCUGACCACACCUUGACCACACUCUGGCCGCGCCCUGACCACGCCCUGACCACACCCUGACCUUGCUCUAACCACGCCCAUACCACACCCUGACCUCGCUCUGACCACGCCCUGACGACACCCUGACCACGCUCUGACCACACCCAUACCACGCCCAUACCACACCCUGACCACACCCUGACCUUGCCCUAUCCACGCCCUGCCCUUGCCCUGACCACGCCCUGAACUUGCUCUGACCUUGCCCUGACCACACCCUGACCACGCCCUCCCACAAGUUCCACACACUCUUCUGAGGAGUGCUAUUGUUUCUUGUCUCUUGUGUGCACCAAACACACUGCACCCCAACACACUGCACAUGGGUGGACUAAUGCACUGAGGACUUUGAGAAAAGAAAUGCACUCAGCCCACCACCAGCCUCUGUGUGUGACAGAACAUGACAGUGACAUGUUACCGAUAACGUGACUAUAACGCCCUCACCGUACACCUGGUGGUCACCUGUUUACUGAGGAAGGAGAAUGACUGUAGACUCCGCCCCUGGUGCAAGCCUAGUUUCCACUCACGUGUGUCGUGUGACAAAGAAGCCCUUUUGUUAGCCCUUCCGAUGCCCUUUUGUUAGCCCUUCCGAUGCCCUUUUGUUAGCCCUUCCGAUGCCCGAGUAGAACACAAAAAACAACGCAUUAAAAAUGUGGCAUUGCUUAAGAAUUACCACGGAGGAAGGUACUUUACCGUGUUUUAUUUUUCAAAAGAGAAAAAGCAAAUACUUUGUGUGUAAAUAUUGUAAAUAGAGCAUUUACAGUUUUGUACUGUGAUCUAUGGUGUUGUAGAGCAUGUACAGUUUUGUACUGUAAUCUAUGGUGUUGUAGAGCAUGUACAGUUUUGUACUGUGAUCUAUGGUGUUGUUUAACUUUAUGGUGUCUCUACGGUUCUGUGGCUGCAUUCUGACAGCAGCUGCCUGUGUUCUGUCGGGACACAGGUGAGCUCAUAUCAGUGGUCUGUGUUCAGUCGGGACACAGGUGAGCUCAUAUGAGUGGUCUGUGUUCUGUUGGGACACAGGUGAGCUCAUAUGAGUGGUCUGUGUUCUCUUGGGACACAGGUGAGCUCAUAUGAGUGGUCUGUGUUCUGUCGGGACACAGGUGAGCUCAUAUGAGUGGUCUGUGUUCUCUUGGGACACAGGUGAGCACAUAUUAGUGAUCGGUGUACUGUUGGGACACAGGUAAGCUCAUAUCAGCUACACUUUUGUCAGUUUGAAACAAUAAAUGUGAUAUAUUUUUAUACA